AUGAAGACAUUCGAGGUCGGUGGUACCACUCUUUCUCUUGCUCUCUUUGUCGAUGUCACCAACUCCAAAGAGCUUCUGGAUUUGAUGCAAGCAGGAACUUUGGAACCUGAAGCGGCGUUUCUCAAUGCUUCAUUAAUACCAGAUACAUUCCCACUUCUUGCCGCUGCACAUAAGACUCUUGUGGCUAAAUCACGAGAGUCGCUGACCACACGCACUCUUCAUUCUGAGCUCGUUUACAAUUACUCUGGUUCUAAACAUAUAUCAGAAUCGCUAAAAAGAUGCGGCAUAUCUGACAACACAAGUUAUGUUCUCGUGGCUCGUUUUGGUGCUUCAGUUGAUGAGAUGACGGUCGUGAAAGGACUUGUCAAGGGAACUGAAAUUGGUUUGGAGGAAUUGAAAGGGCGAGCGGAUCAAACCCAGAUACAAAAGCACUACAAGAUAUCUGCAGUUGAGCUAGGGAUAUCUUCAUUAUCGGAUGCGAUAACAUGUAGGAUUGCGGCACGAGACGCAAUGUCCGAGGCUUUAGCUCUGUGGUGCUCAUUUCGUCUUUGGAUUAAGGAUCAACUUGUGUAUGGUUUGUGCGGCAACAGCGAUGAAUUUGUUAGAAGCAACGGAUAA